AGUGCGUGGUGGGGUGACAAGCAUGGCGGAACGAGGAUGAGGGGUGUUUACCAGUACACCCUUUCGCCCUUCCAAGCAAAGGCAGGUCCAAACUGGGCACGUGAAUAUUUGUUCCAGGGCUACAGGCGGAUAGCCGCAGAGGUUCCCUAUUGGAUCGUUCCUUUCGCCUUGGGUUACGGGAUCUAUAGAUGGGCAAACAACUACACAGAGUACCACAACAGCAAGGCCGCCCAUGUGGCAGAACACCAUGAGUGA